AUGAUGUACGCCAUGCUGGACAUGUUUGCAAUGUUUCAAUGGAACCGCGUAGCAAUCUAUUACACUCCGAAUGAAGCACAGUUCUGUGACACAAUGACCAACGAUGUUGUUAUGGCCUUCAGUGACGACUCGUCACGCUACACGGUGGACGUGGUGCAGAAGGUUGCAUUUGAUGGCCAGGACAGUGACUACCUCACAGACCAACUGCUCCGCACAAAGAAAACUGCAAGAAGUGGGUGA